CUUUCUUCGUGCGCAUUUUUCCUUUCGGUUGUGCGGUAGUAGUGAAUAAAAAAGUGCAAUUUAGUAGCCGGAAAAGUUGUAAAAAAUUACUUAAAAGUGUUGGAAACUGUGCGGAAAACUCAUUUGUGAUUGUGUGAAAUUGAAUAUUUUUGGUAUCGGACUAGCAGCAAGAUGGAAGCAACCAAUAAUGGAGAACGGCAUCCGGCCGAGUUGAAGAAGCAGAUGCGGGAGGAUAAACAGCGAGAGGCCAAGAUUCAGGACCAGUUGAAUAAACAGCUGAAUGGCUUAUCGUUGGAGGAAAAGUUUAAUCUGGUUCACAAGCGGCUGGUGGAGGCAGAGAAGGAGAACAAACGUCUGGUGCAGCUUCAUAAGCAGUAUGAGCGCAGUAUGGAGGCGAGCAAGAAGGAACGCGAAAACAUGAUUCUUGAGCACAGCAAGGUGGCCAACACCAAAAGCAAACUGGAACAGCUCUGCCGGGAGCUGCAGAAGCAAAACCGGAUGAUCAAGGACGAAAGCUUUGCCAAAAUUAAGGAAGAAGAGGAAAAGCGUAAGGAAACGCAGGCAAAGUUUCAGAAGUCGCUGAACGAAAUUCAGGCCGUUAUGAACGAGAACAACGAAAAGAACCAACAAUUGAAGGACGACAAUACGGAGAUGGCCAAGAAGUUCAAAUUUAUCCUAGAGCAGUACGAGCUGAGGGACCAACAGAUGGACAAGAUGAACAAACAGAUGGAUCUAGUGACACAACUUAACGAAGCCAAGCUAGCCAAGGCGAAUAUGGAAACAGCUGCAGAGAAGGAGAAAUUCCUAGCAGAAAAGGAAAUCAUCAUCACCGAACUGACCAAGGUGAGAAAACAACUGAAGGAUUUGCAAAUGGUGGAAGUCCAUCUGCGCGAACAAGUCAACAUGUACUCGGAUAAGUACGGUGAAUUCCAGGAUUCACUCAAAAAGAGUCAAAACAUUUUCGUGGGAUACAAAGGCGACAUGGAAAAGAUGUCCAAAAAGAUCAGAGCCUUGGAAAAGGAAACUACCAUCUGGAAGACCAAGUGGGAAAGGAGCAACGCUGGCCUAAUAGAUCUCAUGUCCGAGAAGCAGGUCCGCGAUGAGCACAUCAUGAAAACAGCUCGCCAGCUGUUCCAGCUGCAAAAACUCUGCCGAACUCUGCAAAACGAGCGAUCGGCUUAUUUCAAAGCCUUGGAGGAAAACAAAGUUGAAAUUCCCACAAUUGUUGAAGUUCCUUGCCAAAUGCCCGAACCGGAAACAUUCCUCCCCGUUCCGAUGAAGAAGGAAGAAGACCGCUUAGAAAUUAUGACUAAGAGUUGUUCGGCGCUCAAAGAAAACCUGGCCGCUUUGCAGGGACAGUUGAUUGCGAUUCAGGAUGCCGAAGCGAACGCAGAGGUCACUACUGGCGAAACCUCGACUGCUGCCGCUGCUACCACCAGCAAUGGACAGACACAACAGCAAGGCAAAAAGGGCAAGAAGGACAAAAAGGGAAAGGGUGGACAAACAACUGCAAAGGUUCCGGAGCCAGAAGCCAAACCGGAGGCCAAGGUAGUUGAGAGCAGCAGUUCCGAGAACAAAGUGGUCGUUCCAACCGUUGAAGCCACGACACCGGUUGCAUUGGAAGAGGAAACGAAGACUGUGGCAACUGCUGACGCGGUUGUUCCAGUAGAAGAAAUCAAACUGGUAAUUGUGGAGGAGGAGAAACCCCCCGUCGUCGUCGUCGAUGCCGUUGAAUCGUCAGAGUUGAAAGAGCAAGAACAGCCUAUGGAAGAAGUACAACAAACGGAAACAGUUACCACCGCUACGUAGACAAUCGUCCUGGAAACAGGUAGACGUUUAUAAUACCUUCAUGUGUUUCGAAUAAUUUAAAUUGUGUUUCGUUAGUCUCGUUACUAAAUUUGUAUCAUAUCAAUGAGACACAUUUUUUCAGUACUUCGCUCUCAUGUAACUUUUACGUUGAUAUAACAAUCAAAGACCUGUCUGGUUUCCAAAUAUUUAUUUAUUAGUGUCCCUGACGCAUACAAUAAAGAUACAAUAAUGAAAAA